AUGGGCAGACCAAUUGAACCCAGCACGCGGAUGUCUUGGGCCAAGUGUCUGGCCCAGAGAAGCCGCUUGGACUGGCCAGUGGGAGCAAGGAGAGCGAGCACAUGGAGCUGUCCAUCAUCCGGUGAGGUGGAUUCCAGCCUUCCUGGUCUCUACUCCCACUGCAGUCUCCCUAGUCUCUACCCCAGCUGCAGCCUCCCUAGUCUCUAUGCCCACUGCAGUUUCCCUAGUCUCUACCCCAGCUGCAGCCUCCCUAGUCUCUACGCCCACUGCAGUCUCCCUAGUCUCUACACCAGCUGCAGCCUCCCUGGUCUCUAUGCCUGCUGCAGCAUCCCUGGACUUUAUGCCUGCUGCAGCCUCUCUGGUCUCUACACCUACUGCAAAUCCCUGGUCUCUUUGCCUGUCACAGACCCCCUGGUCUCUUUGCCUGCUGCAGAUCCCCUGGUCUCUUCACUUGCUGCAAAUUUGGUUGUUCCUUCACUUGCUCCAGAGCAGCUGGUCCCUUCGCAUGCUACAGAGCUGCCGGUCUCUUUACCUGCUGCAGAGCUGCUGGUCCCUUCACCUACAGCAGAACUGCUGGUUCCUUUGCCUGCUGAAAGGCUGCUGGUUCCUUCACCUGCUGCAGAGCUGCUGGUUCCUUCGCCAGCUGCAGAGCUGCUGGUUACACAUGCAGUUUUAAGUCAACCAUGGCGAGUCAUCUCCUGGGGAGACAAUAAGGAGGAUUUGGAGUAUAUAGAAAACUUUCGACCUCAAAGGAAGGAAGUCAGACACAUCAGAAUUUUGCUCCAUGGACCAGUUGGUUCUGGAAAGUCCAGCUUCAUCAACUCCGUCAGUAAUGUCUUACGAAGGAGAAUGACCACCCCAGCCUUGGUCAGUGCAACCACAUCUGACCAAAGUUUCACCUUGAAGUUUGAAACCCAUAAAAUCCAGAAAGAUGUUGGAAAAAAUUAUCCCUUUGUGUUCAACGAUGUCAUGGGUCUGGAGGAAGGCGAGCGAGGAGCCCAUCAGAUGGACAUCAGCCUGGCCUUGAAGGGACACGUGAAGGAGGGUCACAAAUUCAAUCCCAUCUCUCCACUAUCCACUGAUGAUCCUGGCUACGUCUCUUCUCCAUCUCCAGACGACAUAGUUCAUGUUCUGGUCUGCAUUUAUUCUGCUAAUGUAGCACAAAUUAGGACCUCCACAUUACAGAAAAUGAAAGAAAUCAGAGAAGAGGCCAGCAAGCUGGGUAUUCCUCAAAUGGCUAUUCUCACCAAAGCUGAUCAGGCCUGCGAAGAAACUGAAAAAAAUCUAAAAAAUGUCUACAAGAGCAAAUAUGUAAAGAAAAAGAUGGCUGACUUUAGCUCAAAUCUGGGAAUUCCAAUGAAUUGCAUCUUCCCUGUGAAGAACUACAGUCAUGAAAUCAAAAUGGAUUCAGACGUUGACACGCUGAUCCUGAGUGCACUGAGACAGAUGAUUAACUUUGGAGAAGACUACGCCAACAAACUGGAAAGCAACAAAGCAGGCCGCUAA